AUGAAAUUUCCGGAAGUCAUGGAAAACGACCUGUUGAUUAGUAAAGAUGGGAAACACCAUCAUCGCGGUUAUCGAGGCAAAGAAUAUAGGAUACGAAUCAAAGAUAUCGCACCAACUGCAAACAUCG